AUGCACGCAAUUCAACAUCAUUAUGGAGAAACAGCAAUACGUAGUAAAUUCCAAGAAUAUGUACAAAGAUUUGUUCGAUUAACCGCUUUAUAUGAAAUUGAAACUUUCGGAUCAACAAAAAUUGGAAUGAUGCCAGAGAAUACGAAUCAUGCAGGUGUACUUGGAACGGGAUUAGCAUUUCAUGAUGAAAAUUCGAAAUUAAGAGAAGUUGCAACUAAUGUUAAUAGAAUUGAAGGAUGGAGACAAACUUUAUCAUAUAAAUAUUAUCAAUUGGAUUUUCAAAUGUACUUAAAGACAAGAAGCAUUAAAGCAAUUGAUGUAUAUCAUCAAGUAGCAAAAUUAAAGACAUUAAAAAAUAUGCCUGAAGAAGAAGUAGAAACACUAUAUAAAGCAUUUUCUACAAAUGUUGUGACUGAUGAACAAAUUAUUGAGACUGGAAGUAAAUUUAUUCAAAGUUUAAAUAAUUUUCAAAAAUUAUCAUAUGAAAGAUUAAUUGCUCAACGAAUAGAGAAACAACAACAAAAGGAAUUGGUUAAUAAGAUUCCAAAUGAAAAAAUGGAUUACUCAGUAGAUAAAUAA